CAAAGGACGAUGGAUUGGGUCAUUUCCGGACUCGACAAACAAUGCCGUAGAUAAUGCACAUUGAGAACACACAUGCCUUCUUCGUGUGACUUGUGACGUUCCAACCUCCGGAAGCAGCACUCGCGAAGUUAAGGGUGCUUUAAACAUGGCUAUGAAUCGUGCGAGGGUAGAUAUAAGAAAAGCUUUGUUCUUGAUCAUAGUCAUUGUGUUGGUGGCCCGUCGACUGCAUCUAUAGAGGGAGCCGCUUGGUAUCCGCUUCUCCCCCAGCUUGGGAUCUCAAAACUUUCGAGAGAUGGCAGAGAUCGCCACGGUACUUAUCACGGUGGACCUGCACUGCUGCACCUGCUCCAAGAAGAUCAAGAAAGCACUGUGCAAGCUCCAAGACCGGUUCAACAUCCAAUCAAUCGUCUACGACGAGAAGAACAACACCGUCACAGUAUCCGGCCCCUUCAACCCUGACUGCUUCAUCAAGAAGAUUCGCUGCCUCGCCUGCAAGGUGAUCAUAUGUGUCCAGAUCAAGCAGAAGCAGAAACCCGUAACUCCGCCACCGCCACCGCCACCGCCACCGCCACCGCCACCGCCGCCUAAGGUGGAUGUGAAUUUAGGCGUGUGUGUUUACCCGGGGUGGCCCAACUGCUGGGUCUACGACGGCGUCUGCGACGGCCUCCCGCCGUCCGCCUUCUGCCGUCCCUGUCGCGACGGCUACAAUAUCAUCGUCGAGCAGGAGCCUUGUCAGUCCUGCUCUAUUAUGUAAUUUCCUAUACGUAUAGUUAUUCUCGUUGCAAGAUGUUAUUGGAUAACAGUAAUAGUUAACGGAUAAGAAGGUGGACUGAGGUAAACGUCAUGUGACUUCCUCUGUCAGUAAUGUACGUAAUAUAAUAUGUCAUGAUAUAUGUUUAUGCUGUUAUAUCUCA